UUUGCAACCUUUACACCUAAUGUCACUGGUGGCCAUGGCUCAACUGCGCACACAGAUCUCUGUGCACCUGUCUGCCCAGCUGUGCCCCGCCUGCGAAUACAUAUAGGAAAUUCCCAUUGGUGCAGCUUGUGGUGUUAAGAGGUGGUGGCAUGUCAUUGGACAAAAGAACUAUAAACACAAUAAGAAUCCUAUUCAGCAGUUACCCACAAACCCAGGAUGUGAACAACAGACAGUCACUUCCUGUUACCCACAAACCCCAGAUAUAUACAAUAGACAAUAGCAAUGUUUACUAUUUGGACUUAGACUCCGAGUGACGUCUCUAAUUUCAGUGAAGCAAUGUGACAUAACCGUGUGUGACCCCCAAACAAGACCACAAGGUACGUGUUCUCCAUUAACUACUCAUCAUUUUGUUAUUAUUGCACAGAUUAGAGAGGAGGUCCUGUUAUAAAGAUUUACGGGAAGGUGAGGUUCGGGAUAUUCCUCAUAGGGGCAGUGUUUUAUUGCAGGCGGCCACUGUACUGGGUUCCACGGACAGUGUUGAUGUGGAUAUUGAUCCUAAGAUGGCUGCUAUGGUAAAUAUAUUUUUUGAGAAAGGGCUACAGGAGGAGGAUUACAAAUCCAUUACUGAGGAUUCGGUCACUAGGCGUCCCAACAAUUGCCCCGCUCUGGCGCCAGUAGAGUGUAAUCCUCAGAUCCUGGCAGCCUUGAAAACGGACGCUAAGAAGGUGGACUCUCGCCUCACAGAAAUCAGUGCUGACAUUAUUUCUGCGGGUACCAUUCUAACCAAGUCACUCUUGGAGUUGGAUCGACUUGUGCAGAAUACUGGUAACUCACAGGUGGCACAAGAGGUUGGUAAAAUUAAUGGUGCACUGGCACUUUUGGGUUAUGCCAACUUCAGGACUAAUUUGGCCAGGAAACUUCUUAUGAAGAGGGAGAUUAAUCCCAAAUACGCACAUCUGUGCUCUGAGAGAGUGCCUAUCACCCGUUUUUUGUUUGGGGAUGAUCUUUCUCAGUCCAUCAAACAGAUUGAGGAGAUUGACAAAUUAAAAGUUAAGUUAUCCAACAGGAAGCCUUUCUUCCCAUGGAAGUCCACUUCAGGCAGGAACCGGAGCUUCUGGGGCAAGGCAGCUGUCAGGAGCCACGCAGCCAGGUUCCAGCCAUACGGAUCACAGAGGAGUUUCCGGGGUGGCCAGAGGCAGUACUCGGCACGACAGGACCUGGAUCCAAAAAAUGCCAAAGGUCGGGGUCAACAACGGCCCCGACGUUAAAUCAGGUGUCUGCAAAAGAUCAAGGCGGAAGGGGCACGAGUGUGGAUGGUGGAUGGUUCUCACAACCAUGGAUGGGCACAUUGGUAAGGAUGCUAACAGAUUACCCUUGCCUCAUCCCACGCCACAGGGGGUGCUGGUACACCCAUCUUCAGGGGAGGAACAUCCCAUAUUGAGGCACACUCAACUGAUGGUGUGCCUUCUAUCCGGCAGCACCUGCAAUGCCGCGGUAUUUCUGAGGACGGUGCAGACAUCCUGGCCUUGUGGAAACCGGGGACAGAGAGACAAUAUAGACCACACCUUAAGCGAUGGAAACAGUUUUGUCAUAGAUGGGACAUUAGUCCAUUUGAUCCCACUGUCUCAAACAUAAUAAAUUUUCUAUCUGAAACUUUUAACAGGCAUGUUGGGUAUGAGUCGGUCAACACUGCGAGGAGUGCCCUCUCGUCGCUAGGGAUUGUCGUGGAUGGAUGCAGAGUGGGUAAUCAUCCAUUAGUCAUCAGGUUCAUGAAGGGCAUCUUUAACCUUAGACCACCAUCCCCUAGAUACACAGAAACCUGGGAUGUUCAGCCAGUUCUGACCCUGUUAACUACUAUGUAUCCUUUGCACAUGUUGACACUUAAGGAUUUGUCUUUGAAAUUGGUUAUGCUUAUGGCAUUGACUCCAGUAGCACAAGUACAAACUCUGCAUCUGUUGUGUACAAGGGAAUUGCACAUUGACAAAGAUUUCAUUUCUGUUAAAUUAAAGGGCAACAUUAAGCAAUGCCGGCCAACGUUUAAUAUACAGACUGUUAAAUUCCAAGCUUAUUCUAGGGACCUCCGUUUAUGUGUUUGUGCUGCAUUGGGACAUUAUUUGGACAGGACUGAGGGACUCCGCAAGGAGUUUUCCCCAUUCAAUGAUACCUUACUCAUCAGUUAUAUUAAACCACACAGGCCGGUUACUAGAGAUUCCAUAUCCCGAUGGAUUAAAACCAUGCUUGCUAAGUCAGGAGUGGAUACGUCGAAAUUUACAGUGGGUAGUGUUAGAUCUGCUGCGGUGUCUAAGGCCAAGGCUAUGUCCAUACCCAUCGCUUAUAUUAUGUCCAGAGCGGGUUGGACCCGGGAAAGUACUUUUGCAAAGAACUAUGACAAACACAUUGUUCCUGCAGUUGACUCCUUUCAGGAAGCGGUGUUAGAGUAGGUUUGUUACUCUUUGGUGUUCAUUUUGUGUUUUUAUGUUUGGAUAUUGAAUUAAAUUUACUUUUACGGUGCUUAUUGGGACCAAGGUUGUGUGGUGGAUGUUGGACUUGCCGGCAUCGGUAGUGCCGCGUGCCCGAGCGCGGGAAACUCGUGCAAGCUUGUCAUACUUGUCGUCUUUGUGUAUUAUGCUGCUACUUUUUAGUCACUAUAUCGCCUUCGAAGAGGAAAGUGGACACUUCUCUCU